CGGCCUGUGACACCUCAGCAGCCAGCCGGCUUUCUCCUCCUCUGUAUGCUCUACCGCCUGUUCUGCUCCCUUCCCCGUUUCCACCCAGCAGCGUCUUUCCGCUUUGUGUGCACAGCCAUGAAGCCGCUGGUAGUGUUUGUCUUGGGGGGUCCCGGGGCCGGAAAGGGGACCCAGUGCGAGAGGAUUGUGCAGAAAUACGGUUAUACUCACCUGUCAGCCGGAGAUCUGCUAAGGGACGAGAGGAAGAAGCCGGAUUCUCAGUACGGGGAGCUCAUCGAGUCUUAUAUAAAGGAUGGAAAGAUCGUUCCGGUUGAGAUCACGAUUAGCCUGCUUCAAAGGGCGAUGGAGCAGACGAUGGCAGGCAAUUCCGAAAAGAAUAAAUUCCUUAUUGAUGGUUUCCCUAGAAAUGAAGACAAUCUGCAGGGAUGGGACCGGACCAUGGAUGGCAAAGCAGAUGUGUCCUUUGUGCUCUUCUUUGAUUGUGAUAAUGAGACCUGCAUCGACCGGUGCCUGGAACGAGGGAAAAGCAGCGGCAGAAGUGACGAUAAUCGAGAGAGCUUAGAAAAGAGAAUUCAGACUUACCUCCAGUCUACCCGGCCCAUUAUCGCUCUGUAUGAAAAGAGUGGAAAAGUUCGAAAAGUGGAUGCCUCCAAAUCUGUAGAUGAGGUUUUUGCAAAAGUCCAAGAAGUUUUUGACAAAGAAGGAUAACAAAAUCAUUGUGGGUUAUUUCCAGUCCUGUUUCAAUCAAGAUUAUCCGUUGCUACUUUCCUUUCUUUUUUGUUUCUUAUUUUUAAUCUAAAAUUGUAUGUUUUUAAUUUUUAAUGUCUUUACUCUUUUCCACUGUCAUCUGCAGAAAGAGAUUUGUAUUUUGCCUGUCGAUGUCCAAACCCAGCAAUGCAACACUUAAUAUAUUACAGGAGUUUGUAAGCAGGAGGGUAUAAUAUAAAUUGUUUACUUAUGUAGAAAGGAGAACAAGUUUGUUUAUUUUGUCCCUCUUGAUUGUAUGUGGGGUCAGGAAAGCCGGGGGGGGGGAUAAAAAGAGAUGCAGGGACAUCGAUGCAGUAAAUUAUUGUGGUGUGACCCAUGUAA